AUAUUUGUUUAGUUAUACAUAAACUUCGUAUAUAUGUAUUUAUAUUUUUAUAAAAAUUUCAAAUAACUAAAAUUUUUAGAAAAUGUAAUUGAGAAUAUUUUUCUAUUAAAUACUGCUCUCUAUAAAAUUACAAAAUAUACCCUAGCUACAGAAAAAAACUUUAUAUAUAUACAUGUACAUAUGUAGUAUGUGUAGAGAGCGUGGGUGGAUCAGUUGGAUCCUAUACGUGUUUAAAAGAUUGUAGAUACCACAAGAAUAAAGUACAUGAAAAUAGUUUCAGCAAUAAGAGCUUGCACAUUUUCUGAAAUCAUAUAUAACAUUUAUCAAAUUAUAUGUGCAAAAACGAUUAAAGCUAACCACAAAAUGAAAUGUUAUCAACUGGUUUUGGUCGUUCUGAAUGUAUGCUUGGUGCAUGGUUUUAAUUUAGAACCAAGAAUACCUGUUAUCAAAAAAGGAUUAAAUGGCUCUUAUUUUGGUUACUCCGUAGCCGAACAUCAAGAAAUUCCCGACGAUGAUAAGGGAAAGCCGAAAAGCUGGAUGUUAAUUGGAGCUCCUUUAGGUCAAAAUAGACAACCAGAAACUAACAGGUCUGGUGCAUUAUGGCAAUGUCCUUUGACAACAUAUAAAACAGAUUGCACUCAAGUGAUUACGGAUGGACGAUCAAAUAUUGAAUCUGAUGAUUUAAUACCACCAGGUAAUGAUGAAAUUAAAGAUAAUCAAUGGUUAGGAGUAACAGUGCGUAGUCAAGGUAUUGGUGGUAAAGUAAUGGUUUGUGCUCAUAGACAUAUUGUAAAGACAGCAGAUUCUCAAUGGGGUCAAGGACAAUGUUACAUAUUAACACAAGAUUUGAAAUACCAUGAUUUAAAAAAACCUUGCUCUGGGAAACCAACCAAUAAAGCACAUGAACAGUUUGGGUAUUGUCAAGCAGGAACUAGUGCUGUACUUACCUCAGAAGAUCGUGUUGUUAUUGGAACUCCUGGCCCACAUACUUGGAGAGGAACUUUAUACCUCUUUACCAUUUCAGAAGAGUUUUUAACUAGAGAUAAUACAGUUUAUAAUGCUCCAAUGCAAGAUUCUUCUCCGGUCAAUAAAUAUAGCUAUUUAGGAAUGUCUGUUACUGUGGGUAAUUUCUUUGGCACUGGACUAGCUUAUGCUGCUGGAGCUCCUCGUUCAAAUGGUACAGGUCAAGUUGUUCUGCUUACACGACGCGAUUUUAAACCAGAUAUGGAUGUUGCUUUUAUUUUGGAUGGUGAACAAUUUGCUUCAAGUUUUGGAUAUGAAAUUACAUCUGCAGAUGUUAAUGGAGACAAAAUUACUGAUCUUAUUGUAGCUGCACCUUUUUACUUUAAUAAGGCAGAGGGAGGUGCAGUAUAUGUAUAUACUACAUUACAAAAAACUUACAAAGAACGUGAAAAGAGUAAACCUAUUAAACUUGUUGGCCGUGAAGAAUCAAGAUUUGGAUUUGCUUUGACAAAUUUGGGAGAUUUAAAUAAAGAUGGAUAUGAAGAUAUUGCUAUUGGAGCUCCAUAUGAGAAAAAAGGAACAGUAUAUAUAUAUCUUGGUUCAAAAAAUGGAAUAAUCACAGUACCAUCGCAGGUUAUUCAUGCAGAAGAUAUGCCAGAACCAUUACAAACGUUUGGUUAUUCAUUAAGUGGCGGAAUUGAUAUGGAUCAAAAUGGAUAUUCUGAUUUAUUAGUAGGAGCUUACGAAAAUGAUGCUGUAGCACUUCUUCGUUCAAAAAAAAUUAUUGACAUAACUACUUAUAUCCGUUAUUUAAAAAAAGAUGGUACACUUGUUGCAAAACAGAAUCUUUAGUAAAAGAAGAAGAUUUGCAAAAUCUAAAAUUAAAUUAUUACAUCGAAGCUGAAACUUAUAGUGGAAUUAAAAAAUUUUCUAGAGUUUGGUUUGGAGCUGAAUAUUCUCAUCUACAUUAUAUAAAUCGUACUGUUAAUUUAGAUACAAAAAAGUUAGAGCAUUGUCAAAAAGAAAUAAUUUAUUUAAAGGAAAAUACACGUGAUAUUCAAUCACCUAUUAAAUUUCGCUUAAAUUAUUCAUUAAUACAAGAAGAACCAAUUAUGCCAGCUGAAGGAGAACCUUUACCUGAUAUAAAAAAUUAUCCUAUAUUAAAUCAACAAGAAUCUGCUCGUAUAUUUGAAGCAACUUUUCAAAAAGAUUGUGGUAAUAAUGAUAUUUGUGAAACUGAUCUACAAGUAAAGGCUCGAUUAAAUUUAUCAGCUUCUUCCGUGAAACCAAAUUUCUAUGAACUUCUUCUUGGUGAAAGAGACGAAGUUGUAGUUGAUGUAAAUGUGUCUAAUAUUGGAGAAUCUGCAUACGAAGCACAAUUAUUUAUUAUUCAUUCUCAAAGUUUAAAUUAUAUUGCUAGUAAAAGUAAUGACUCAGCUAUCUGCAAUCUACAUAAUGCGACUAUAGUAGGCUGUUCUAUUGGAAAUCCUUUUAAAAAGGAUAAAAUAGUUAACAUACAAGUAAGAUUCGAUCCCAAAGAAUUAGAAGAUAAUAAAUCACAAUUGGAAUUUGUAAUAUUUGCAAACUCCACUUCAAAGGAAAUAAAAGAAAAACAACCUAUAAGAUUACAGGCGACAGUAUUGAAACAAGCAGAAUUGUCAAUUAAAGGGAGUGCAAAAAUUCAAUGGGCCUUUUACGGUGGUCCAGUUGUAGGUGAAUCUGCCAUAAAACAUUUAAAUGAAGUAGGACCUAAAGUAUCUCACGUGUACGAGGUAUUUAAUGAAGGUCCAUGGAGAGUAAGUAGUUUAGAAGUACGCAUAUCAUGGCCUUAUGAAGUUGCAAAUGACAAAGCUCAUGGUAAAUGGCUUUUAUAUUUGGAAGAAUUACCAACUGUACAAGCUUUAGGCGAUGGCGAAUGUAUACUGCCACCAGGACACGUAGUUAAUCCAUUAAAAUUACAAGACAGUGUUAGUUACGAUGAUAUUGAUGUGUUCCAAUCUAUAAUAUCUACUCCUCUUCCAUUACCGCACAAUCAUACUAAUCACAUAAGAAUUAGACGAGAUACCGAGAAAGUUGUUAACACACGAACGAUCAUUGAUAAAGAUGGUCACAGACAUCAAGUAGUCUCUAUGAUUGUGGAAUUCCACUCUUGUAGAAGAUUAUCCAAAAGUAGAUGAAGUUAAGAUAGGUUCCAAUGCAAAAAUUGUUAUACCAUCAAAUGUUAUAAUACAACAAGAAAAUUUAAAAGACGAUUACGCAGUUACUUAUUUAGAAGCGGCGAAAACAAAAUUUACAAAGAAUUACAAAGGUAUGAAUCCCAGUAAAAUUACAACAACUGUUGGUUUAAAUAUUGGAAAAAUUGACAUAGCUGGUGUUCGUUUUAACUUUUGGGAUCUUGGUGGACAAGAGGAACUUCGAUCACUGUGGGAUAAGAUAGAGUCAUUUCAUCGGAACACUUAAUAGGCGUACCACUUUUAGUCUUAGCAAAUAAACAGGAUGUGCCUGAUUGUAUGGGUGUUAGAGAAGUAAAACCAAUUUUUAAUCAAAAUGCACACCUAAUAGGUAGAAGAGAUUGCAUGGUAAUGCCUGUUUCGGCAUUGAAUGGGGAUGGCAUAGAUGAAGGAAUUCACUGGCUCGUGGAUUGUGUCAAGAGAAAUAAUGAUGUUCGACCUCCUCGUAAUCAGAAUGACAAUUGUUUGUCUUAACAACACAUUCCUGAUUUGUUUUAUAAUAUAAAUCGACACACGAACAGUAUUUUAAUGUAAAAAUUCUGUAUAUCUACAUCAGAAACUACAUUUUUACCAAUAAACUUUGUUUUCUAAUCUGUACAAA